GUUUUUUACUUAGCAUGUGUUUUCGAUACGUGUACCAGAAAAAAUAUAAUAUUUUUGUGUAUGGAUCUUUGAUAUAUCUGGCAACAUUAGAUGUCAACGUGUCAAUUUUUAUUGUACGCGUUGCAGGCCAACACGAUCGUAUUGUACGACAGUUUUAAUAGUACUUUCUGUUAGACUGUUGAUACCUAUCUUACAAGAUACAAUCUAACAUAUUUUACAAGUUUUACAUUUUUAAUUCAUAUUAUUGAAAAUGCCUCCUUCUCCAAGUUCAACAAAUGUAGGAUCAGGCAGUCGAUCGCCUAGCAAAGCAACAGCUGCACCACGCACGGCAAGCGGGAGUACAGUUCGUCAGCGAAAAUCUACUACUACUACCACUGCUGCUCGUAAUCGGAGCACUGGGGCUGGAUCUGGUGGAAUGUGGCGCUUUUACACCGAUGACUCUCCUGGAGUGAAAGUGGGCCCAGUUCCAGUGCUGGUGAUGUCUCUGCUGUUCAUUGCUUCAGUGUUUAUGCUUCAUAUAUGGGGCAAAUAUACAAGAGCAUAAUUAGAUGUAUCCUGAGUAAGAUGUUGAUCUUUGCGUGAGAAUGAAAAUUGGUAAUGCGGAUGGGAUUAUUUUAAGAUUUGAUUUAUAAUAAAUUAAGUAAUUUAAAUGUUAUAAUGAAGUAAAUGUAAGUUAUAAUAUAUAUAUAUUUUAUUUUGAACCCAAUUCACUUGUAACACACACAACUAAAGUUUAAACCUGUAUAUAGUUACAACCUGUUUGUAGCUAUCUAGCAGCUUUUUGUCAUGUGAAUUUUGGGUCAGGGGAAACUAUCAAAUUUCUAAAAAACUAAUAAAUUGUGUCUUAAAAGUAA